UAACAGCGGGGAAAGAAGGGGGGGGAGGGGGCGGUCCCGCUCGGCGCCCACCCUCCCCCUCCCCCUCUCUCAUAGGGUACAAUGGUUCGGCCCGAGGGGGGGGGCGGGGCGCGGCCGCCAUUUUGCGCGCGGCGGCGGCGGCGGCGGAGGAGCGGAGCGGGAGGAGGAAGGGAACGGUGGGGGGGGGGAGGUGGGGAGGUGACGGGCGAGCGGCGCGGCCAAUCGGAGCGCGGCGGGGGCGGGGCCUGAGCCAAUCGGAGCGCGGCGUGGGGCGCGGAGCCCCGCCCAUCCCGGCCCGGCGGCCGCCAUGGACGCGGGAGGAUGGAGCAGCUUCAUCUUCCAGCCGGCCCCGCCCCCCGCGGUGGCCCCGCCCCCCGACGCCCUCCCCCCAUCGGAGCUGCUCCCCCCGCUGCUUCCCGACCCCUCCCCCGCCACCGCCGCCGCUUCCACCGUCGAUCCGGGAGCUUUAAAACCCGCUCCUCCCCUACCGGAAGCACCCGUUGCUCCACCGGAAGUCCCCCUUUCUCAAGCGCCGGAAGCGACCCCUCCGACCCGGAAGUCCAAAAGCAAAGGGCCGUACGUCUGCGCUCAGUGCGCCAAGGAAUUCAAGAACGGUUACAACCUGCGGCGCCACCAGGCCACGCACGGCGCCAGACCUCCCGCCCUCAUGGGGGCGCUGUCGCAAGGCUCCAACGCCGCCGCAUCCGCCGCCGUCUCGUUGCUCCCGGACGGCAGCGCCGCUUCCAGUCCUCCCAUCCUCAUGGGGGCGCUGUCGGACGGCACGACCGGAAGCGGCGCCGGAAGUGCCCGCAAAAGGAAGAGCCACGCUUGCGAAGCUUGCGGGAAAGCUUUCCGUGACGUUUAUCACCUGCGGAGGCACCGUUUGGCCCAUUCGGACGAGCGGCCGUUCCAGUGCCCCGUGUGUCAGCAGCGAUUCAAGCGGAAGGACCGCAUGGGGCACCACCUGCGCGGACAUCAGGGCGCCGUGCACCGCCCCUACGCCUGUGCGCACUGCCCCAAGGCCUUCUCGCGGUCAGUCUCUAUGAUCCCUGCCCUCUUUUGGCCGCUCUGACACUCAGUCUCUAUGAUCCCUGCCCCCUUUUUGCCCUUCUGGCACUCAGUCUCUAUGAUCCCUGCCCUCUUUUGGCCGCUCUGUCACUCGGUCUCUAUGAUCUCUGCCCUCCUUUGUCUCUUUCACACUCAGUCUCUAUGAUCCCUGUCCUCUUUUGGCCGUUCUGGCGCUCGGUCUCUAUGAUCCCUGCCCUCCUUUGUCCCUUUCACACACAGUCUCUAUGAUCCCUGCCCUCUUUUGGCCCCUCUGGCACUCAGUCUCUAUGAUCCCUGCCCUCUUUUGGCUUUUCUCACAUUCAGUCUCUAUGAUCCCUGCCCUCUUUUGG